AUGGCCAAAUACAAGACGUUUCUGUCCGCCAUCUUCCUGGCCACGGGAGGUUUCCUCUUCGGCUAUGACAGCGGUAUUAUCACCUCUACGAUCUCCCAGACGCAUUUCGUCGACUACUUCUCCAACCCCAGCAACACCGUGACAGGCGGCGUGGUCUCCUCCUUCCAAGGCGGUGCCAUCCUCGGUACAAUAAUCAACAUGAUGCUUGGCGACUGGCUGGGUCGGAAACGCUCCAUAUUCCUGGGCUCGGUGGUGUCUACGUUCGGAUGUGCCCUGCAAGCUGGUGCCGUGUCGAUGACCAUGCUGAUCAUCGGUCGCUUCAUUGCCGGCACCGCCGUGGGAAUCAUGACCUCCAUUAUCCCCAUGUACGCCGGUGAACUAGCAGAAACCAAAUACCGCGGCAUGCUUUCAGGACUGCUGCAGUGGAUGUUAAGUUGGGGAUACCUCGUCGCCCAAUGGCUCGGAUACGGAUCGUCGUUCGUGAACGGAGCCUUCCAAUGGCGCUUCCCUCUCGCCUUCCAAUGCGUCCCCGGCCUCGUCCUCAUGUUCGGCAUCUGGCUCCUCCACGAAUCCCCCCGCUGGCUCAUGGAAAAAGACCGGCACGACGAAGCGCUCGAAACCCUACGCAAGCUCCGCAGCGGCGCCCCCAACACCGAAGACCUCGUAGCCGUCGAGUUCGCCGAAAUCAAAGACGCGAUCGACGCCGAGCGCGCCACCCACAAAGUAACCUGGUCAUCCAUCCUGACCACCCCCUCCUGGCGCCGUCGUCUCGCUCUCGGCUGCGGCGUGCAAGCCUUCGGCCCUCUCUCCGGUAUCAACGUCAUCAACUACUACGGCCCCAUGAUCUACGAGUCCCUAGGCAUCCCUAACCAGACAUCCCUCAUGAUCAUCGGCAUCUCGGGGGCUCUCUCCAUCGUUUACGCAACCAUCUGCCUCGGCGUCCUCGACCGCAUCGGCCGCGUAAAACCCCUCAUCGUCUCCGCGGCAGGCUGCGGCCUCGCACUGGUCGUCAACGCAGCCCUCUCGCAGCACUGGGACGCAUCCAACGCGAACCUCCUCCGCGCCAUGGUCGCCAUGAACUUCGUCUUUAGCCUCUUCUACACCCCCCUCGGCGUCAUCUCCUGGGUGUACCCGGCGGAGAUCUUCCCCGUGGAUAUCCGCAACCAGGGUAACUCGAUCACCACGUUCACGAACUGGACGUUUAAUCUGGUCUUUGCGCAGUUCUCGCCCCAGGCGCUGGAUGAUAUCGGGUUUAAGUACUUCUAUGUGUUUUUUAUCUUUAACCUCAUUGCGUGUCUGUGUUAUAUUUUCUUCUUUCCCGAGACGAAGGGGAAGACGCUCGAGGAGAUGGAUCUGGUGUUUAUGGAUCCCAGUGCGGCGGUGGUGGGGAAGGCCGGGGAGGUGGAUCAUGGGAAAAAUGAUACAGAGCAGGUCCGGAUUGAGAUGGUUCAGUAGAUCUUGAGUUGAGG